AUGGAUCACGACUGCACGGAUUUGAUGCCCGUCUGUUGCCGUUGUCUGUCCGCCUGUCCGGGGCCCAUAAACAACAGCAGAAACAGCAGCAAAUCCGCCACCAAAGCAGCGCCCAGCAGCAAGGCCUUUAGCAGCAUCAGCAACAACGGCAACAGCAGCAGCAGCAGUAACUAUAGCAACGGUAACUAUAGUAAUGGCAAGCAGGCUGGCUGCUCAUCCUCCGUUAGUAGCUAUGCGGCUCCUGCUGGCUCCACGUUGGGCCCAUUUGGGCGGCAGCAACAGCAGCAGCAACAGCUGUACUCUUCCGGCGUCUCCAAGUUGCCAUUCUCGCCAUUCUUUGCAGCAUCGCCAUUUUUCUUUACGUAUCGACGUAUCAGCAAGCAUGAAGACAACAACAACAGCUGCAGCUACAACAACGGGAGCAGCAGUAGCACCAGCAACAGCGCCAACAACAGCAGCAGCAGCAGUCUCAUGCAGGACUACGAUCGCAAGUUUAGUUUGCUGAGCCUCUUCAAGAGCCCCUACAAGUUCACUGAUGCCCAGGCGGCCCGCAAAUGCUCCUCGACAAGCGGCGGCAACAGCAGCAGCAGCAGCAGCAGCAAGCCUGUGGGCACAGGAGCAACAGCUGGAAGUGUCUGCUCAGCGCCCAGCUGGAAGAGCUAUGCAGGAGCGGGCGGGGCUACGCACGCAGCACUGAAUCCCGCCUUUGGAGGCAUGGCAUUGGGCGGCGGUGCGCGCAAGGACAGCAGCAGCUUUAGUGGCAUCAAUUUUGGCGGCAGCGGUGCGGGCAGCGGUGCCUCGUUCAGUCGCGAUGCUGCCUCCAAUGGCAGCGGCUACAAUGAUCUCUCCAAGAACCGAAAGGUACACAAGUGCGAUACGGAGGGCUGCGACAAGGUCUACACCAAGAGCUCGCAUCUCAAGGCGCACAAACGCACGCACACAGGUGAGAAGCCGUAUGUGUGCACCUGGGAAGGCUGCAUCUGGCGCUUUGCCCGCUCCGACGAGCUGACCCGCCACUACAGGAAACACACGGGCGUGAAGCCCUUUCGCUGUCAGCUCUGCACACGAAGUUUCAGUCGCUCCGAUCAUCUGUCGCUACAUAUGCGACGGCACUGAGCCGCUGGCCAUAUGGAAAUACUCAAUGCCUACGCCCACGCCAACGCCCACGCCCACUUCGACAUCAUAUAUAGGAAAA